CUUGUCACAUCAUUGUCAGUGGCUCCAACAGCUUCAACUCCAGAACAUUCCUGCCACGGACCCUCCAGAAGAGACUGAUGUGCAGGUCGGCUUGAAUCAUGGCUCCCUUCUGCGGCCUCAUUAUUGUGUGCUCCAGGCAGCCAGUGCCUCUCCGUGGGAUUUCGGUGGAGGUGCAGGUGAAAGGCUUCGUGGCUGAUGUAUGUGCCACACUCAAGUACAAGAACAUAGAGGAGAAGCCCAUAGAAGCCGUCUUUGUCUUCCCUCUGGAUCAGGACUCUGCCGUCUACAGCUUUGAGGCCACCGUGGAAGGGAAGAAGAUAGUGGCUGAUAUCCAGGAGAGGGAGCAGGCUAAUAAAACCUACAAUGAGGCCAUCAGUAAGGGCCAACAGGCCUUCUUAUUGCAGGAGGACCAGAGCUCUGGGGACAUCUUCAGCUGCAGUGUGGGGAACCUUCCCUCUGGUCAGGAGGCCGAGGUGAAACUGAACUUUGUGCGGGAGUUGCCAUUGGAGUCAGACGGUGCAGUGAGAUUUGUGCUUCCCGCUGUCCUGAACCCCAGAUACACCCCAGCAGGUCAUGAGGAGAGCAUUACUGCCCAAGUUCCCCGCGUCCCCAUUGGUCAGAUCCCCUACACCUUGGAUCUAACUGCUCACUUCUACUCUGCAUACGGCAUCUCCAAGAUCCAGUCUAACUGUGACAUCUCCCCAAUGGAAUAUACUGAUUCAGACAAGACUGCAGCCAAGGUGUCACUGGCACAAGGGCACAAGUUUGAGCGAGACGUCGAGCUUCUGGCUUAUUACAUAGAUGUGAACAAACCAAGUAUCACAGUAGAGGCGGGACUUCCUGAUGCCAAAGUUGGCACCUUGAUGGCAGAUCCCACCAUCAUGCUGAAUUUUUACCCAAGUUUUCCAACGACUCAGGAGCAGUCCAACUGCGGAGAAUUCCUUUUCCUCAUGGAUAGAUCUGGAAGCAUGGAGUGUAGCAUGAAUUCUGAGCCAAAUGCCCCACAGCGCAUCGAGAGCACCAAGGAGACUCUGGUUCUGCUACUGAAGAGUUUGCCGCUCGGCUGCUACUUCAAUAUCAUCAGUUUUGGGUCUCACUUUGAGUUUUUCUUCCCAGAAACUAUGGAGUACACCCAGGAGACAAUGGAAGAAGCUGUGAGGAAAGUGAACCAGAUGGAGGCCAACAUGGGGGGGACAGAAAUCCUACAGCCCUUAAAAAAAAUCUACAAAACAGCUGUGAGACCAGAUCACCCCCGUCAGCUCUUUGUUUUCACGGAUGGAGAAGUUGGGAACACAAAGCAAGUGAUAGAAGAAGUUCAGAGGAACGCCCAGAAUCAUCGGUGCGUUGCCUUUGGAAUCGGGGAAGGCGCCUCCACUUCUCUCAUUAAAGGGAUUUCCCGAGCGGCCAGAGGCACCUGUGAGUUUAUCACCGGGAAGGAAAGAAUGCAGCCCAAGGUUCUCCAGGCCUUGAAGAAUGCGCUACAGCCCAUAGUGACAGAGAUCUCACUGAAAUGGACUCUUCCUCCUGGCGUGGAACCUGUUCUACUCUCAGAACCCCCCAGUAACAUAUUCCAGGGUCGUAGAGCAAUUGUCUAUGCUCAGCUGAGGGGAAAGAUCAAUGAGGGGAAAGAAGGAGAAGUUUCUCUCGAGUACAAAUUUAAAAAUGAGAUUUUUAGGAAUUCACUGACGUUCCCUCUUGAGCUUGACAAUAUCAAAAGACCCACCAUCCACAGACUCGGGGCCAAGGCUCUAAUCUCUGAGCUGGAGAGUGGGACAAACUCAGAGUUGGAGGAAGCGAAGAAGAGAAUUAUAGAGACCAGUAUCCAGUCUGGAGUCGUCUCCUCUCUCACAGCCUUUGUAGCCGUCAAUAAGGAAACCAAAACCCCCCUGCCAGGGCCCCCUGUUCGCAGAGACAUCCCAAUUACCGAUUUAAUGCUCACGUCUGUGCUAUCCUGUAUGUAUGAUGAAUUCGGCAACUCACGUGCAGAUGUAACAGAGAGAUCAUGUCACUUAUCCUAUAUGUCUGAAGAACUGGACAGCUCAGCUGCUAAAUACUCUGUAUUCAAGUCGACCGUGGGUUCCUUUAUAGACGCUGCUAAACUGAAGAUAUCUUCACUUUUUAACAAGUCCGCAUCCCCUCAGUGUGCAACAGGUGUGUCCCCUGGAUGUGCAUGUGUCGCUGCUGAAGCAAAGGAGGCCCAGGCCCUUUUCAGACUGAUUUCUCUGCAGAAAGCCGAUGGUUCGUGGACUCUCAGCUCAGAUUUGGCCUCUGUCCUGGGGCUGUCACUGAAGGAGAUGCAAGAAAAUAACCCCAAACAGAACCCUGACCCUGCUGUGUGGGUAACACUAUUGGCUGUGAUCUGGCUCCAUGUCCGCUGUUUGGAUCAGAGAGAUGAGUGGGAGUUGCUGGAGCACAAGGCCCUGUCCUGGAUAAAGUCCCGAGCAGGCUCCUCCUCCCUGAGAGAUUACAUCAAAGCCGGGAAUGAUCUCCUGAAAUCUACGUUGGAUCCUGGGGAGUUGGGUUUGUGAGGAGAGACAGGAGGAGGAAGAAGGAGGACAAGGAAGACUUUGCCCUGAUUUCUGGGAAGAUGACUCUUAUUGCUGCUUCAGUUUGGCUUUAAUCACAUAACAAAUAUGCUUUAUAUUGGGACUGUGUCACCUAAGUGCCAAUUCAAC